AUGGCGCACAGUAAUUCAUCCACGGCCGAAGAUGAACACACACCUCUGAGUGAAACGUCAUGGUCUGAAGGUGCGGCAGACAGCAAGGAAGAAAACAUCUAUAAGCAAAAGCAUGCUCUUCACAAAGUUCUCUCGGAGCUUUUCGAAGAGAACGUAUUCGCCAAGCCCUACCGUGAUGCAAGUAGAGUCUUGAAAGGCUCUGACCCGGCGCACAACGGUUUUCCCGAAAUUGUGCGCCAGCAAGGCCCGAAGCAAGGACAGUGGGUUAUUCGCGAACCUGAGUUCUGGACAUGCGGCUUCUUCCCGGGAACACUGUAUGCGUUACUCGAGCGAUCCAUCAGAUACCCAGGAUCUAUGAGAGCCAACAGCCCAGGGCUCAGAUCAUCCAUGAUUAUCAGCAGCUAUUUACUUCCGUUAUGCAAGUCAUGGUCUGAGCCACCUCAUGGCAUGGCUAGCAGAACAGACACCCACGACAUUGGCUUUAUCAUCAUGCCGGCCCUGCAGAGAGACUGGGAACUAUUCGGAAGUGAACGAAGCAUAAGCUCUAUUAUACAAGCAGCUCACAGUUUGGCCACCCGUUAUGUACUGGCUGCUGGUGCCAUUCGCAGCUGGGAUUGCAUUGUGCAAAAGGACGUGACCAUCACAAACAUGGAGGACAAUAUACUCAUCAUUAUUGAUAGCAUGUGCAAUCUCGACCUGCUAUUCUAUGCUGCUGCACAGACUGGUAAACAUAGACUCGCUGACGUAGCUUCGUCUCAUGCAACAACAUUAUUAAAGACGCAUCUUCGACCAGAAAAUGAAAGAUUCCUGGACGCAGCUUGCGGAUGCACCGAAUAUUUCCUCCAUAGACUAGAAACAUCCCCUUCUUGUGUCGAGGUUCCUGUCCCAUCUGAUUCAGGAAACAAAAGUACUCGCCGAGGGCGAUAUGUGCCGCUCUGGCACUUUGAUGCGCCCAUUGAGAAUCCUAAAGAGCCUCUUCGCGACUCAUCAGCUGGCGUCAUUGCUGCCAACGGAAUGCUAUUGCUAUCUCAAGCGCUUGCUGGGUUAGGAAGACACACGUUGUCACGUCACUUCUUUGAAGCAUCUAUACAAAUCGUCAAGGAUACGUUGGAUGUUUGUCUCGCCACUGAGAAGGUCAAGGUGACGACCUCUGAAGACAGUGGAAAGUCCAUCAAAGUGGAAGACACUGUCCCGGGGCCCACCUUCGAUGCUCUUUUGAAGUAUGGGACAGUCAACAACUAUGAAAUAUCGAUGAGACGAUAUGCUAACCACGGAUUGGUAUGUGGCGAUUACUAUCUUGUCGAGUUUGGGGAUGGUCUAGAUAGUUACGGGUUCUCACAGCUAUAG